AUGCCCAUCAUGGAGCCCUUUUCGUUUGCGAGCUCCGACCAGCUUGACUAUCCCGUCUCGAUUCGCAUCAUGAGUCUGGAGGGGGAGGAGACGCCUAUCCCAUUCAGCACUCUACUCGAAAGGUCUGAUUUGCGACAUGUUGGCUCUAACAAAAGUCCACAUUCGGACCUCUAUGUCACCGUCCAGGUCUGGGCCGGAUCCAAGCCACUGACUGUCCCGGUCCAAACACCUUACAAGUGGUUUCGGAAUGAACGCAAAUGGACCGAGUGGCUUACUCUGCCUAUCGACUAUUCCACUCUCCCCGAGAAUGCCCGUCUGGCCAUCACCCUCUGGGACCUCUCCCCAACCGGAGGUGAAGGUGCUCACGGCCAUGCCGUUCCCUUUGGCGGCACCACCCUGCCCUUGUUCGACAAGGACAACCAGCUAUACAAGGGCCGCCAACAGUGUUUUGUGUACCGAAAUAAACAAGCAGACGGCAACGAUGACACGGAAACUCCUGCCUUCAUAGCCAGGAGAUCCGGUAUAGGCGCCAGCAAGAAGGGGACUCCCUCUUCUGUAGUGGAUAACGAUGCCGAAGAGUACGACCGCUUGAUGGACCUUCUCAAGAAACAUGAGAUGGGAGAGAUUCCGCGUGUCGACUGGCUGGACCAACUGGCCUUCAGAGGUAUCGAAAAGCGCGGAUAUGGUUCGGCCAAAUCGUCCCUCAGGCUCAAGGCUAUCCAGCGACAACAGGAAGCUCUCGCCAGUACCAAUACCGAUACGUCCAAGUCGAUCCCAGUGCCGUCCGACUUUCUCUUGACUGUUGAGCUGCCCAGAUUUGAUUUCCCCGUUGUCUUUGCAGAUCAUGAAUAUCCACCUCCACCCAUCUCAUCGCUCCAGCAUCUGUCGUCCUCACAGUCUGGUCUCAUCAUGAAGCCCACACCAGACAUUCAGCUUGGACCGGGCAUAAGCCGCAUAGACGUCGACGAUGAAACCUCCACGGGCCGCUUGAUCCGAGUUUACGAUCCGGAAGUUGGCGCCAGAGACAACCCGGCCGAAAGUAAGCACCGAAGACUUGUCCGCAGCCAGCACAGGAACGGCAUUCUGGAUAAGGACUUGAAACCAAACGCCAAAGUAAGAGAUGAACUCAACCAGAUCAUGUCCUAUUCGCCGACCCACAGUCUGUCGCCCGAGGAGAAGGACCUUAUCUGGAAGUUCCGAUACCACUUGACCAGAAACAAAAAGGCGCUCACCAAGUUUGUCAAGUCAGUCAACUGGCUUGACUUGUCAGAGGCAAGGUCGGCUGUAGUUGUCCUCGAGAAGUGGAUCGAUAUUGAUGUGGACGACGCACUGGAAUUACUCGGCCCAACUUUUAGCAACUCAGCAGUGAGGGCCUUUGCAGUAAAGCGCUUACGCAAAGCAGACGACAACGAGCUACUUCUGUAUUUGUUACAGCUGGUUCAGGCACUAAAGUACGAGCACAUAUCGCCACAGUCCCGUCAAGACGUAUCCCAAGAUAGUUCCCUGGCCAGGUUCUUGAUAACGAGGGCCGUGUCAAGUCUGACGCUCGGCAACUAUUUCUAUUGGUAUGUCAUGGUAGAAAUCGAUGACAGGAGCUCGGAGCAAGGACAAGACACAAGGGAAAUCUACACCAAGGUUGCCUACGACUUCAUGUCCGAGCUCGAUAAGCAGCCUGGUGGCCAGGAGAAGAGAAAGACAUACAAACGACAAGCCGAGUGGAUCCGCAUCCUUUCACAAGUAUCAGGAGAAGUCAAGGAGGCGAACGAGUCCAUUGCCAGGAGAACCGACCGCGUCAAGCACUUUUUGGCCGAUUCCAAGAACGAGCUGGUAACCAUUGACCCGCCGCUCCCGCUCCCACUGGACCCAUCAGUCAUGAUCACCGGCGUGAUCCCGGAAGAUACCAUCGUCUUCAAAUCCUCCCUCCACCCCAUCAAAGUGGCCUUCAAAACCACCACGGGGACCAAAUAUCCCCUGAUCUUCAAAACCGGCGACGAUCUCCGGCAAGAUCAGCUGGUCAUCCAAAUCAUCAUGCUCAUGGACAACCUCCUCCAGAAGGAAAAUCUGGACCUCAAGCUCUCGCCCUACAAGAUUCUCGCCACCAGCACCAGCGCCGGCCUCUCGCAGUUCGUGCCCUCCAUGUCAUUCCAGGGCAUUCUCAACAAAUACGGCAACAACGCGGCGCUCGCCUACCUCAAGCAGAACAACCCCGACAGCAACGGGCCCAUGGGCUUGCGCAAGGAGACGCUCGACACCUUUGUCAAGUCGUGCGCGGGCUACUGCGUCAUCACAUAUAUCCUGGGCGUCGGCGACAGACAUUUGGACAACCUGCUUUUGUCGCCCGACGGGUACUUCUUCCAUGCCGAUUUCGGGUAUAUCCUCGGCCGCGACCCGAAGCCGUUUGCGCCCGUGAUGAAGCUUUCAAAAGAAAUGGUGGACUGCAUGGGCGGGGUCAACUCGGAGCACUAUCGCCAGUUUAAGCAGUACUGCUUCUUGGCUUACAGUGCUCUUAGAAAGAACAGCAACUUGAUCCUGAAUUUGUUUAGUCUGAUGGUGGAUGCGAAUAUCCCGGAUAUCAAGCUGGAGCCGGAUAAGGCGGUGUUCAAGGUUAGGGAUCGGUUCCACUUGGAGCUGAGCGAGGAGGAGGCGAUCAGGAACUUGGAGAAGAUCAUGGAGGAUAGCUUGAAUGCGCUGGUGCCGGUCAUGAUUGAUCGGUUGCAUGGGGUGAUGCAGGCUUUCCGGACGUAG